AUGCUUCUAAGAUCCCUGUGCUUCGUGCUUCUAGCGCUGGGCGCCAGGGCUGAUGAUGAUACCACAGCCGGGCCCGUUUUCCUCAAGGAACCCCCGAAUCGCGUCGAUUUCUCCAAUACAACCGGCGCCGUCGUCGAAUGCAGCGCUCGCGGGAACCCCCCGCCCGAUAUAAUUUGGGUGCGAGCCGAUGGAACGGCCGUCGGCGAUGUCCCCGGUUUGCGACAAGUUUUGGCUAAUGGAAAUCUAGUUUUUCCGCCGUUUAGGGCCGAAGAUUACAGACAAGAGGUCCACGCUCAAGUGUACGCUUGCUUGGCCAAAAACACCGAAGGAUCCAUUCAUUCGAGGGAUGUCAACGUCCGAGCAGUUGUCAAUCAAUACUACGAAGCGGAGGUUGUGUCGGAGUAUGUUAUUCGUGGCAAUACAGCUGUAUUGAAAUGUAAUAUACCGUCUUUCGUGUCCGAUUUUGUAAGAGUAGAAGCUUGGGUAGGAUCGGAUGGAACAACGUAUAAUUUUAAUAGCAAUUACGACAGCAAAUAUUUGGUUCUUCCCUCUGGAGAGCUACAUAUUAAGGACGUCGGUCCUGAAGAUGGAUACAAAUCGUACCAAUGCAGGACGAAACACAGGCUGACCGGAGAAACUAAGCUCAGCGCUACGAAAGGAAGGCUAGUGAUAACUGAACCGGUCGGGAGUGUGGCGCCCAGGCUGUCAGCCGGAACCUCAAAAAUCCAAACGACAGACUCCCGUCGUGGCUUCAGCUUGACAUUGAUGUGUCCUGCGCAAUCUUUCCCUGUUCCAAGUUACAGAACCGGUCGGUUUUGUAAAGCCAAAAUUUCCUUCAUUGGAUAA